UCUCUGUCUAGCUGUGACCGGCUGAGGCGGUGCGGCGGCAUAGGGACGGCGGCCUAGUUCGAUCGGUGUGUCCAUUAAUCCAAGAAAAUGGAAACUGAACAGCCAGAGGAAACCUUCCCCAACACUGAAACCAAUGGUGAAUUUGGUAAACGCCCUGCAGAAGAUAUGGAAGAGGAACAAGCUUUUAAAAGAUCUAGAAACACUGAUGAGAUGGUUGAAUUACGCAUUCUGCUUCAGAGCAAGAAUGCUGGGGCAGUGAUUGGAAAAGGAGGCAAGAAUAUUAAGGCUCUGCGUACAGACUACAAUGCCAGUGUUUCAGUCCCAGACAGCAGUGGCCCCAAGCGCAUAUUGAGUAUCAGUGCUGAUAUUGAAACAAUUGGAGAAAUUCUGAAGAAAAUCACCCCUACCUUGGAAGAGGGCCUGCAGUUGCCAUCACCCACUGCAACCAGCCAGCUCCCGCUCGAAUCUGAUGCUGUGGAAUGCUUAAAUUACCAACACUAUAAAGGAAGCGACUUUGACUGCGAGCUGAGACUGUUGAUUCAUCAGAGUCUGGCAGGAGGAAUUAUUGGGGUCAAAGGUGCUAAAAUCAAAGAACUUAGAGAGAUCACUUAGACAACAAUCAAGCUUUUCCAGGAAUGCUGUCCUCAUUCCACUGACAGAGUUGUUCUUAUUGGAGGAAAACCUGAUAGGGUUGUGGAGUGCAUAAAGAUCAUCCUUGAUCUUAUAUCAGAGUCUCCCAUCAAAGGACGUGCACAGCCUUAUGAUCCCAAUUUUUAUGAUGAAACCUAUGAUUAUGGUGGCUUUACCAUGAUGUUUGAUGACCGCCGUGGGCGUCCCGUGGGAUUUCCUAUGCGGGGAAGAGGUGGUUUUGACAGAAUGCCUCCUGGUCGGGGUGGGCAUCCCAUGCCUCCAUCUAGAAGAGAUUAUAACGACAUGAGCCCUCGGCGAGGACCUCCUCCCCCUCCUCCUGGACGAGGUGGCCGGGGAGGUAGCAGGGCUCGCAACCUUCCUCUUCCUCCGCCACCACCUCCUAGAGGAGGAGAUCUAAUGGCCUAUGACAGAAGAGGAAGACCUGGAGAUCGUUAUGAUGGCAUGGUUGGUUUCAGUGACGAUGAAACUUGGGACUCUGCAAUAGAUACAUGGAGCCCUUCAGAAUGGCAGAUGGCUUAUGAACCACAGGGUGGCUCCGGAUAUGAUUAUUCCUAUGCAGGGGGUCGUGGCUCAUAUGGUGAUCUUGGUGGACCUAUUAUUACUACACAAGUAACUAUUCCCAAAGAUUUGGCUGGAUCUAUUAUUGGAAAAGGUGGUCAACGGAUUAAACAAAUUCGUCAUGAGUCAGGAGCUUCGAUCAAAAUUGAUGAGCCUUUAGAAGGAUCCGAAGAUCGGAUCAUUACCAUUACAGGAACACAGGACCAGAUACAGAAUGCACAGUAUUUGCUGCAGAACAGUGUGAAGCAGUAUUCUGGAAAGUUUUUCUAAGACUAGUGAAGAACUGAAGGAGUCCUGCAUCUUUUUUUUUUAUCUGCUUCUGUUUAAAAAGCCAACAUUCCUCUGCUUCCUAGGUGUUCUGCAUUUGAGGUGUAGUGAAAUCUUUGCUGUUCACCAGAUGUAAUGUUUUAGUUCCUUACAAACAGGGUGGGAGGGAGGGCGUGCAAAAACUAACAUUGAAAUUUUGAAACAGCAGAGUGAGUGAAUUUUAAUUUUUGUUCAUUGUUGGUUAAAAAGGAAAAUUCCCCCUAUGUAAUUAUUGUGAACACCUUACUUUGUGGUCACUGUAACAUUUGGGGGUGGGGGAGACAGGGAGGAAAAGUAACAAUAGUCCUUAAUGUCCCUGGCAACUAUUCAGAGCAGUGUGCAGAAUGUAAUGCUCUUUUGUAAGAAACAUUUUAUGAUUUUUAAAAUAAAUUUAGUGAACC